UCCAUUAGCCUUCACCCCCUCGCCUGUCAAGUCCCUGACUUUUUCCUCCUGCCGUUUUUUUUUUUUGUAAGGGGCUGCUUCUGCUCCCCGGGAAGGCCUGCCUGCCUGCGCUCCCCAUGGCUGAGAAAGGGCAGAACGAGUUGCUAAAAGCCCGAGACAGGACCCUGAGCGUCUUCCGCGAAGAGGCGGAGCGGGAGUGGAAGGGCCCUUUCUAUUUCAUCCAAGGAGCGGACCCUCAAUUUGGGCUGAUGAAGGCUUACAGCAUCGGCGACUGCAACAGCGGUGGGGACGAGUGGGAAGCCGAAUUGCAGCUCACCCGGCAAGCGGUGGAAGCCAUUAACCGCCUUAACCCGAGACCAAAGUUCCUAGUCCUCUGCGGGGACUUAAUACACGGGAUGCCUGGGACGGAAUGGCGCGAGGCCCAAAUCCGGGACUUAAGAAAUGUCCUGAAGGACCUUAGAAGCGACAUCCCUCUGGUUUUCGUCAGCGGCAAUCACGACUUGGGCAACACACCCACACCGGAAACCGUCCGCGAUUAUUGCCAGCAGUGGGGCGAUGAUUACUUCAGCUUUUGGGUCGGCGGCGUCUUCUUUCUCGUGCUGAAUUCCCAGCUGUAUUUCGACGCUUCUCGAUGCGCGGCGUUAAAGGCGGCGCAGGACGCGUGGCUGGAGCAGCAGCUGGCCCUGGCGGAGAAAAAGCAGUGCCGCCAUGCCGUCGUCUUCCAGCACAUCCCCUUCUUCGUAAACGAACCUGAAGAGGAACACAACUACUUCAAUCUGGAGAAGGCCGUUCGACACGAGCUCAUGGAAAAAUUCUGCCGAGCAGGUAUUAAAACAGUAUUCUCUGGACACCUUCACAAAAACGCUGGAGGAACGUACAAAGAUCUCGACAUGGUCAUUUCGUCGGCCAUUGGAUGCCAGCUAGGAGAGGACACCCAUGUGCGCAUGGUAGGGGUCACCGCGGAAAAGAUCAUCCAUAGAUACUACAGCCUGAGCGAGCUGAGUGACCAUCAAAAUGUCGAAAAAGAGUUCCUGGCGUUGAUAAAACCAAAUUAGCUCUCUAGGUUCUGAAAUAGCAUUUUUCUCUCUUGUUUCCGUGAUUUUUUUUUUUAAAUAAAACAUCGGUCUGAGUUCC